UUUCCCCCGCCUCUCGGCCUUUUUGCUUGUCUUCUCUGCCACUAUCUUUUCUUGAUUUCUUCUCCUUAUCACCCCACCCUUCACCGAAGCUCUCUUCUCCUCCCUUUCCUCCUCCCAAAUCCCUUCUCUCUCUUUGCUAUCUCAUGUAGGCCUUCUGCGGCUGUUUGUAGUACUAGGCUCUGAAUCUUUCUGGCGAGUUAAGGGUGGGGUUUCUUGGCCUGGAAUUUGUGGUGGGAGAUGGCAAUGCUGGUGGAGGAGCUGAUACAGUCCAUUAAUGAGCUGUUCUUGAAGGCUAAAAAGAAGAAGCAACCCUCCGUCGACCCGGAUCUUGACCCGGUUCUGCUGGUCCCGGGCAUCGGCGGCUCGAUCUUGAAUGCUGUCGAUGAGAGCGGCCGAGCCGAGCGGGUCUGGGUCCGAAUUCUUGGCGCCGACUACGAGUUCAGAACCAAGCUUUGGUCGCGCUUUGAUCCAUCCACUGGUAAAACAGUGUCCUUGGACGAAAAAACAAGAAUUGUUGUGCCCGAAGACAGAUAUGGACUAUAUGCAAUUGAUGUAUUGGAUCCUGACAUGAUCAUUGGACAAGAUGGUGUUAGUUAUUAUCAUGAUAUGAUAGAAGAAAUGAUCAAAUGGGGUUUUCAAGAGGGUGAAACCCUCUUUGGAUUUGGCUAUGACUUCCGCCAAAGUAAUAGGCUUCAGGAAACUCUAGAUAGAUUUGCUUCAAAAUUAGAUGCAGUAUACACUUCAACAGGAGGAAAGAAGCUAAUCAUUAUAAGUCACUCUAUGGGUGGGCUGCUGGUGAAAUGCUUCAUGUGUCUUCACAGUGAUAUUUUUGAGAAGUAUGUGAAGAGCUGGAUUGCAAUUGCUGCACCAUUUCAAGGUGCACCCGGAUAUAUUGCAACUACCCUCUUAAAUGGAGUGUCUUUUGUAGAAGGGUGGGAACGAAAUUUUUUCAUUUCCAAAUGGAGCAUGCAGCAACUGCUAAUUGAAUGCCCAUCUAUAUACGAGUUGAUGGCUUUCCCCCAGUUUUGUUGGGGCAACAUUCCUCUUCUCCAAUUAUGGAGAGAGAAGCAUGAUAACUGUGGCAAUUCGAUUACUUUGCUGGAGUCAUAUGAACCAAAAGAAGCUGUUUCUUUAAUGAUUGAAGCUCUUUCAAGCAACAUGGUUGCGCUUAAUGGAAUGCAGAUGCCUUUACCACUUAACUUAGAGAUUUUGAAAUGGGCUAAUGAAACUCGUGAAAUCUUGUCACAUGCUAAGGUUCCUGGAGCAAUUAAGUUUUACAAUAUAUAUGGGACUGACAAUGCUACACCUCAUACUGUUUGCUAUGGGAGCCAAGAAUCGCCCAUUUUAGAUCUGAAGCAACUGUUAUCAAUCCAGGCAAAGUAUAUAUGUGUUAAUGGUGAUGGGACGGUUCCAGCUGAAUCAGCAAAGGCAGAUGGCCUCGAUGCAGUGGCGAGAGUUGGAGUUCCUGCUGAUCAUCGUGGAAUAAUCAGCAGCCGUCAUGUAUUCAGAAUAUUGAAGCAGUGGCUGAAUGCAGGAGAACCUGAUCCUUAUUAUAAUCCUUUAAAUGAUUAUGUGAUUAUUCCCACUGCCUUUGAGCUUGAGAGGCACUAUGAGGAAUGGGAUGUUGUAUCUUCAAACAGCAGUUCUUCUUCUAAGGAAGUAGCUGAUUAUCCAUUACUGGUGGGUGCUUUAUCAAUUUCACACGACGGAAAGGUGCAAUCGCAAGCAGAGGCAGAGGCCACUGUUGUUCAUCCUCAGAGUGAAGGGAAGCAGCUUGUGGAGCUAAGAGAGUCUUACUUUGGAGCACCAAGGUAAAAUGACAUUAGCUGUAUAAUAUCCUUGGCCGAUGUUUACGUUACCCAUGGGUAAACUUACUGAGAUGGUGACUGUAGCAGUCGUGGAAUCAAACCCACUUAAUAUGACUGAGGAACUAUAUGGUAUAUAUGUAAUUUAUAGCUAUCCAAGUCACAAAUAAUUUAUGUUAUAUGUACUGUAAACUGAACAUGCCAGUGUCCUGUAGAAUGCUUUUGGAAGCAUUGGCCCAAGAUGCCUCCUAUGUAAACCUUUUGAAAUAAAGAUCCACUCCAUUAAUCAUGAUGUAAAAUU